UCAAUAUAUCUCCAAGCACACGCACGCACCCACACACCCAUGCACCCACGCACAUACAUUUACACAAUCAUUCAUCCUUUAGUUAAUGUUAAAUCAGUCAUUUUCAGAAGAAAAACUGGCACGUCCUUCAGACUGUAAAACAAGUGGAAUUGUUUGGAACAACUCAGAAGGAGUUGCCCGGCUAGUUGAUAGCCUGCAGACACCAUGAUGGAUCAGGAACCACAGUCGACUUAUCAACAUGAUUACAAGAAGUUUUCCACCGUGGCCGCUCGACUGGCCAAAGAGAACCCCUCCAAGCCCAAAGCCGACAACCUGACCAUUCCAAUGAGUGAUGUUCGAGAACAAUAUCCCACGACAUAUCUGGAUGACUACAAACCCAUGAGUGAACGCAGAUCACAGCGAAUACCUGAUUUCCAGGAGGUCAAAGUGAGGGGGCACAUCAAUGCUGAGGUUCCCAAGAUCGACCCGUGCAUCCCGACCACCUACAUGGAUCACUACCGAGGAUGCCUGCCUCCCAUCCGGCCCUGUGUGGACUACUGCAGACCCCACAUGAACGCCUACACCGCUUGCAUGGACCGCUACAACUACUACUGCUGUGACCCGUGUGGCUACCAGAUCUGUCCACAAACCAGCUGUACCUACGACACCAACAGGGCAGCGGAGGAUGCCCUAGCCUGCUACAGGUACAAGAAAUGCUUGGAUAGUUUCUACGGACCAUCACCUUUGGCACAGAAUGAGAAGUUUCCACCCGAUGAGAUUGCAGCAAAUCCAUGCCUGUACACAGCUCCAAAUGUCCCGCACUGCAACGGCUACGUGAGGAAAACAUCGUCCAUGCCCCGCAUUCCAGAAGGAGGGAUCAGUAAGAAACUGGAACAGUGCACCAUCUUCCCUGCAGCACAAGUAAGCCAAUUGUCUGGUUUCCCUUCUCAUAAGGUGGACAGCCGGUACUGUCACUAUCCUGGUGUGGUCGCUAACCCCUGUGACCCCUACAUGCGCAUGCCCCGUCGACAGGAAUACAGUUACAGCUGUAACAGGCUGGACAGAACAAGCUAAAUGACAAAGCCACAGAUAAUUAAAACCGUACGGAACAAUGGAAGACUCCAAAGGAUCAGCGAUCAAUUAGACAUUCAACGGCCAUGUUGCCGUUCCCUCUUGGCACGAAUCUUGUGCAGUCCGACACCUAGACCGUAACGUUGUCCUUACCACUUAGUCAAACCCCAUUUACUUACUGCUCCACAAAUUGUCAUUGCCCAUUCCCAGAUAUAAGUUCCUACCAAAUUCUACUCUGCGCUCAAAAAAUCCUUCCAUCCAAUGUUGGCCUCUUUCGCUCUCGCUAACACUCGCGAGCACCAGAGCUCGUUGCAAACAAGAAAAACGAAAGACCCUUCACCACCGCCAAUGAGCCGAGCGUCAAACUAUGACAUUUAUUACCGUGCGCCAACUUAGCGAACGUCGCCCUUGUCAAAAUCCACGUAAACCCAGCCAACACACGUGGCAAAAUGUUCAUCUCUGUUAUGCUUAUCUGUACAAAUCCACCAAUGAAAUAAAUUAAGGGAAACUGGACAAGGGGUUUAAUUCAGUUCA